AUGCCCCUUCUAGGUCCCCUUAAAGCAGCAACAAGCUGUUGGCCCACCUUUUGGGGUGUUUUCUAUGUGUUGAGUGACGGUAUGCAACCGGUGUGCAGAGUACAAUCUAGUUUACCAUCAAUUACCUGGCGUUUUGUUGACCCCAUAGGCAAAAUUGAAGGCAAUUCAUAUCCCACGCCUUACGGGUCACGCCCGUUUAAAGUUUCCUCGAAUGCCGCGUCACUGGUCACGCAUAUUUAAAAUUUCCUCGAAUGCUGCGUCACCAGUCCCGCCCAUUAUCGGGUUUCAGACCAAAUGUACCUGAGUUCAGGUGUGACUGUUAUGAGCAGACGGUCGAGUACUUGUCUUGUGAGUUUUAUCUUUUUUUAAACGUUCAGUUUGCUUGGAAAGAAAUAAACGUUAAAUAAAGACAACACAUAAACGCAGAUGUCUGAGUAUCUUCAGACCGAGAUGAUUAUUUUAAUUUUCCUCGGGUUCCUUCUACACAGGGCAGACUCACAGGGUUUCACAGCCACCACCAGCACUCCAAUCCUCAAAGUGCCAGAGAACCAGGGUGCUGAUCUGAAGUGUACUUAUUCGGGUGACUUCGGCCCAAAUCCCAGAAUUGAGUGGAAUUUUAAAAAAUCUCUGGGGUCCUCAUUUGUCUUUUUUGAUGGCAAACCAACAGAGCCGUACGAAGGCAGAGUAACACAAUAUGCCGGAGGCCUGAGAUUUAACAAAGUGACCAGGGAUGAUUCUGGAGAAUAUGUGUGUUCAGUGGCUGGAAAUGGCCAUUCUGAUGAUGUCCUAAUCAAGCUGGUUGUGUUAGUUGCUCCAUCGGUACCACUCUGCCUUAUCCCUACAUCUGUAACAACUAGUAGUCAAGUGGUUCUCUCAUGCUCCGACAAGGAUGCCUCGCCAGCAGCCACUUACAGGUGGUACAAAAACAAUGUUCCCCUUCCCGAAGACCCGAGCAAGUUCCAGGCCUUCAAGAACAUGACUUACAAGAUCGACUCCAGCGCAGGCAUCUUGGAGUUCCCUGUUGUCUCCCAGGCUGAUAAUGGAGAUUACUUCUGCACGGCCAGUAAUGAAGCUGGGCCCUCCCAGAGCUGCACAGCAGUUAGGAUGAUGGCAUAUGAUCUAAAUGUUGGCGGAAUUGUUGCUGGUGUUAUCGUUGCAAUACUUUUAGUUGGUCUGCUGGUAUUUGGGGUGUGGUUCGCUUAUCGCAAAGGAUAUAUACCAAAAAUGGCGGAAAGCAAACCUAAGACUGUGGUGUACACUCAGCCAACAUCAAACUAUGAUGAUGAGGAUGGGGAGUUCAAACAGAAAUCAUCCUUUGUGGUGUAACCACAUCUGGCACUGAUGAUGGCCAUGUUCUGAACUGUGUUUCAGAGGUAGUGUGCAGAGAACAUUGGACAAAACAGCUAAAAGAGUUUGUUAAACUACUUCUAGAAGGUAUUGAUUGUAAUUUUGUUUUAUUUUUAAUUUUUCAUCCAAUUGUGUGAAAUCUUUUUAUAUAGUGUAUUAUGUCCACUGACAUUUCCUUGGCUACGAUGGCUUUUAAACAACGUUACAUAGAUACAGAAUACAUGUACAUAGGCAUUUCAGAUAGGCUCGUGUGAACACUGUCAAACUCACACAUAAAAUUCCUAGCUUUUUCUUCACGAACAUUACAAAGGAAAAUAAUUCCUACUUUGCAGUGGCUUCUAGCAGGAAGUUCCUGUGACUGCUCAGGCUCAGGAACUCCCAACUGGUAUAUUUGGAUAUAGGAUGCGCUUCACAUAGUUAUCUUGUACAUGUGUGUACGACAUGCGACUGCAUCUGUAAAAAUAAAACGAAACGUACCUGAUUUUAAAAUAUCACCACCAUCCCCUUCGAAGUAGUGACCUUGUGCAGUGAUACACUGCUCCCAUCACUCCUGCCACGCUGGAAACGCUCUCUGGAAGUCCUGUUUCUUGGCGUAUCUGCGAUGGACGCACGCUGGAUCUCUUCCACUGUGUCAAAAUGGUGACUCUUCAGCUUGAAUUUCAUCCUGGGGAGGAGGAAGAAGUAGCUGAACUUUUUGAUCACACUUCGUGUAUUGGAAUAUUCCUAUGCCCUGCAUUGUGUUAUUAGAGCAUAUUAACCAUGAAUGACGAGAGAAUCAGUGGAUAAGUAGUGGCGUGUGCUUGCUACCCUGAGUCUUUUGGAGUGUGAUUGGGUGAGUUUCUGCAGUAGGAGGUUGUUAAUGGAGAUGGCCUUUGAGCAGGCCCCUGACAUGUAUGAAUGGCUGUUAACUGUUUGGUUUCACUGGGCUUUCACAUAGCCCUUAUAUGUGAGGCAUAAUCUGCCUUUCAUGACUGUGUUUAGAGUGGAAUUAUAUCUGUGCUGCUGGUCUAGUCUAAUGCUUUCUGCUGUAUAGCUAUGUCAUGGUACCAUAGGUGACAGAGGAUGUUCAUUGGAUUCAGACACCCUGUUGGCAGCUUGAUGUCCCUCUUCCACAGUAUCCAGGGUUCAAAGGCGUGCAGCACGCAGAAACAGAUGAUGCAGAUGAUUUCUUCUUUUCUAACCACUGCAUUGUUUCAGUCUUUGCGGUCAGAGGAAAUGACUGAUUCUUUCUCCAUCUGUGGGUUGAACAGUGUGAACAUUGCUCAUCAGCAGGUGCUAACUAAGGAAGAGGUUUGGUCUGGUUUAGGCUCACAAUGAGGGCCAACAUCUUUUUUUUUUCCCCUUCUCUGAACAAAAGAUAAUGUCAGUGAGAUCAGGUACAUAUUUAUAUGGACCUGAGAGAACACUUUCUCUGCCCUUGUGGGUUUCCAAUUGGCCUUUUAUUCCCUUGCAUCUUGUGGGGGCUUGACCCUGACAGGCUCCGUCAACAACACAAGAGCAGCACUGUCCCCGCAAAUGGCCGCUUGGUGUGUUUUUUUUUAAAUUAAUUUUUUUUAUCCAUCAACGAUGAAAUUGCCAUCCCCACUGAGCUUGUCUCAUGCAUGUUCAAGGAUGUACUUAUCAGUGUCCACUGCACAUAUUGUUUGCUGCCAUUAGACUAGGACAUCUCCUCCUGAGUGUCUUUGUUCACCUACAGCUGCCCCACACCUUAGGCAUCCUCAGGCUGGGGGGACAGACUUUGUUGACUUUGGAUACAUCAUGACAUUUAGUUGGUAAUCAGUUCCUGUUACACAGGGUUUUUCCUUCACUUCAGCUUUUGAUGUUCAUGUCUUUUAGAGUGGGAUGAGAAAACAAACUGAUUAACAUUGAUCAGGCACAUUGGGGAUGAAUAUUAAAGGACAAAGAAUACCUGAAUAAGUGACCAAAGGUUUUAAACGGUAACAGUCCCAGGGAGAGUGUUUUCUGUAAACUCCCUCAGUAAAAUAUGAAGACCCCCAAACCUUUCUGUUUUGUUUACGUAUGGAAUUUCAUAGUGUGCUCUAGAGUGAUUUUAAUAUUACUGGUUUGUGAUUUAAAAAAUGUCUUAGUGCAUUCUUUAAGAGUGUGAUUAGUGAUACAAACCAAAUGAGUGCAUUCCUGUCCACUAUCCCAGGCAAAGCCUGUAUGGCAGUACAGUUCAAAUAUUUAGCAAUUUGUUUUGUUUCUUUGUAAGCCUUAGAAAAUCAAGUUAAAAAAUGCUGAGUGGAAACGUGUAUUCUUGGAAGUGAAGUGGAGGGAAUUCCACAAUUUGAUUUUAAUUUGUCCUUGUCUUUCUCAUACGUGUUUUGUUAAAUAAAAGUCUGGUUUAUCUA